AUGCGCGUAUCUCGGCCUUUGGAGUUGGCUUGUGCCCUGGUGUGCUCUGCCACAGUUGUCAGUGCUCAGUCACCACAGGUGAACUUGGGAUAUGCCACAUACCAAGGCUCAACAUCCGGUGGAAUCAACAAGUUCUUGGGCAUGCGAUAUGGAGCAGCCCCAACCGGAAGCUUGAGAUGGAAGGCUCCAACUGCCCCUCCCACAGUCUCUGGAGUCCAGUCCGCUACCCAGUUUGGAGAUGUUUGCAUGGCUACCAAUGCUGGAACAAAUCCACAAGGCGAAAGUGAAGACUGCCUUUUUGUCAACGUUUGGGCCCCUUCGGGUGCUGGUGCCAACUCCAAGCUCCCUGUUUGGGUUUUCAUUCAGGGAGGAGGCUUUGAGAGCUUGGCUUCUGCAGGAACGGAUGGAAGUGGCGUGGUGGCCAACUCUGGAAACAAAAUUGUGCUUGUGACACUAAACUAUCGCGUGGGUAUCUUUGGCUUCCUUGCCAGCUCAGAGAUUCAGGCCAACGGAGUGCCCAAUGCCGGCUUAUACGACCAGCAGGCUGCCUUGAAGUGGGUGCAGCAGCACAUUGCUCAGUUUGGUGGCGACCCUGCCCAUGUCAUCAUUCAUGGACAGAGUGCAGGUGCCGAGGCUGCGUCGUUGCAACUUCUCGCCAACGGAGGCCAAAAUCAGGGUCUUUUCGUUGGAGCCAUGUUCGAGUCGCUCCCAGAGAUCACUCAGCCCAAAGUGUCGGAGAUUCAGUUCCAAUAUGAUGCCCUCGUCAGCAAUGCCGGAUGCGGUUCCAGUUCCGACUCGCUAUCAUGCCUUCGUGGCCUCAGCACCACGGCGCUGCAGCAGUUCAACGUUCCCAUCGUCUAUCCGGGCCGACCUAAUUCUCCCAAUUACCCAUAUGUGCCAUGCGUCGAUGGCGUGUUUCUCCAGACUGGCGCCUAUGAGGCUUUCCAGAGUGGCAAGUUUGUCAAAGUUCCAAUGUUCUUCGGCAGUGUCACGGAUGAAGGGACGACUUUGGGUGCCCCCAACGCGUCGUCACCUGAAGAGAUUGAAACAUUCUUCCAAAACAACUACCCUCGUUUGUCGAGCCAAAACACAUCUGCAAUUAUUGCGCAGUAUCCCCAGAAUAUUGAGCCUGCUUUCAAUGGCCAUGCGGCCUGGUUCCCAGCAGCGGAACUUGCCUAUGGUGAUGUGCUCGUAACCUGCCACGGGCUCAACUUUGGCAAAUAUUUCAUACAGGCUGGGCAGCCCGUCUGGGCCUACCGCUUCAAUGUAUUGACACAGAGCAAUAUUCAGAGCGGAGUUGGUGUUCCCCAUGGAUUUGAUCUGGGAGCAGUCUUUGGAGGCGGUUAUGACAACUCCAACCUGACCAACAUUGAUCAGCUGCAGGGCUAUUACAUCUCCUUUGUUCGGUCACUGAAUCCAAACACGUUUGCAUUUUCCGGGUCUCCAUCGUGGCCACAGUGGAACGGACAAGCAGGAGGGUCGAGGAUUGUAGUCAACAACAACAACACAGUUGUUGAGGCUGUCCCACAGGCGCAAAUGAGUCGAUGUGCGUUCUGGGAGAGCCUAGCUUCCGAGUUAGAGAUUUAG